AUAUCUUGAAUGAGCUCUUCCAACGGGAGAACAGGGUAUUGCAUUACUGGACCAUGAGGAAGAGGCGGCUGGACCAGUGUCAGCAGUACGUGGUCUUUGAAAGGAGUGCCAAACAGGCCUUAGAGUGGAUCCAUGACAACGGGGAGUUCUACCUUUCCACGCACACCUCGACGGGCUCAAGUAUACAGCACACCCAGGAGCUGCUGAAAGAGCACGAGGAGUUCCAGAUAACUGCAAAGCAAACCAAAGAGAGAGUGAAGCUAUUGAUACAGCUGGCUGAUGGCUUUUGUGAAAAAGGGCAUGCCCAUGCAGCAGAGAUAAAAAAAUGUGUUACCGCAGUGGAUAAGAGGUACAGAGAUUUCUCUCUGCGAAUGGAGAAAUACAGAACCUCUUUGGAGAAAGCCCUGGGAAUUUCUUCAGAUUCCAACAAAUCGAGUAAAAGUCUUCAGCUAGAUAUCAUUCCGGCCAGUAUCCCUGGGUCAGAGGUGAAACUUCGAGAUGCUGCUCAUGAACUUAAUGAGGAGAAAAGGAAAUCUGCCCGCAGGAAAGAGUUCAUAAUGGCUGAGCUAAUCCAGACGGAAAAGGCUUACGUCAGAGACCUCCGGGAGUGUAUGGAUACCUACCUGUGGGAAAUGACCAGCGGCGUGGAGGAGAUCCCACCUGGCAUUGUCAACAAAGAGCUUAUUAUCUUCGGAAAUAUGCAGGAAAUCUAUGAGUUUCAUAACAAUAUAUUCCUAAAGGAGCUGGAAAAAUAUGAACAGUUGCCAGAGGACGUUGGACAUUGCUUUGUCACCUGGGCAGAUAAGUUUCAGAUGUAUGUCACAUAUUGCAAAAAUAAGCCUGAUUCUACUCAGCUAAUAUUGGAACAUGCAGGGUCCUACUUUGACGAGAUACAGCAGCGGCAUGGGUUAGCCAACUCCAUCUCAUCCUACCUUAUUAAGCCAGUUCAACGAAUAACAAAGUAUCAACUCCUUUUAAAAGAGCUGCUGACAUGCUGUGAGGAAGGAAAAGGGGAGAUUAAAGAUGGCCUGGAGGUGAUGCUCAGUGUGCCAAAGCGGGCCAACGAUGCCAUGCACCUCAGCAUGCUGGAAGGGUUUGAUGAAAACAUUGAGUCUCAGGGAGAACUCAUCCUGCAGGAAUCCUUCCAAGUGUGGGACCCAAAAACCUUAAUCCGGAAGGGUCGGGAGCGGCAUCUCUUCCUUUUUGAAAUGUCCUUGGUGUUCAGCAAAGAAGUGAAAGAUUCCAGUGGGAGAAGCAAAUACCUUUACAAAAGCAAAUUAUUUACCUCAGAGUUGGGCGUCACAGAACAUGUUGAAGGAGAUCCUUGCAAGUUUGCACUGUGGGUGGGAAGAACGCCCACUUCAGAUAAUAAAAUUGUCCUCAAGGCUUCCAGCAUAGAGAACAAGCAGGACUGGAUAAAGCACAUCCGUGAAGUCAUCCAGGAAAGGACAAUCCACCUGAAAGGAGCCCUGAAGGAGCCCAUCCACAUCCCCAAGACAGCCCCGGCAGCCAGGCAGAAGGGCAGGAGGGAUGGAGAGGAUCUGGACAGCCAAGGGGAUGGCAGCAGCCAGCCUGAUACAAUUUCCAUCGCCUCACGGACGUCCCAGAAUACCCUGGACAGCGAUAAGCUCUCUGGUGGCUGUGAGCUGACAGUGGUGAUCCACGACUUCACUGCCUGCAACAGCAACGAGCUAACGAUCCGCCGCGGCCAGACUGUGGAGGUUUUGGAGCGGCCGCAUGACAAGCCUGACUGGUGUCUGGUGCGAACCACUGACCGCUCCCCAGCGGCAGAAGGUCUGGUCCCUUGCGGCUCUCUGUGCAUCGCCCACUCCAGAAGCAGCAUGGAGAUGGAAGGCAUCUUCAACCACAAAGACUCGCUAUCCGUCUCCAGUAACGACGCCAGUCCACCCGCCUCCGUGGCUUCCCUCCAGCCCCACAUGAUUGGGGCCCAGAGCUCACCAGGGCCCAAGCGGCCAGGCAACACCCUGCGCAAGUGGCUCACCAGUCCUGUGCGGCGGCUGAGCAGCGGCAAAGCCGACGGGCACGUGAAGAAGCUGGCCCACAAACACAAGAAGAGCAGGGAGGUCCGCAAGAGUGCCGAUGCCGGCUCGCAAAAGGACUCCGAUGACAGCGCAGCCACCCCACAGGAUGAGACAGUGGAAGAGAGAGGCCGGAAUGAGGGCCUGAGCAGCGGCACUCUCUCCAAAUCCUCCUCCUCCGGGAUGCAGAGCUGUGGAGAAGAAGAAGGCGAGGAGGGGGCCGAUGCUGUGCCCCUCCCCCCACCCAUGGCCAUCCAGCAGCACAGCCUCCUCCAGCCAGACUCACAGGAUGACAAGGCUUCCUCUCGGUUAUUAGUCCGCCCUACCAGCUCCGAAACACCGAGUGCAGCUGAGCUUGUCAGUGCAAUUGAGGAACUCGUGAAAAGCAAGAUGGCUCUGGAAGAUCGUCCCAGCUCACUCCUGGUUGACCAGGGUGACAGUAGCAGCCCUUCCUUCAACCCUUCGGACAACUCCCUUCUCUCUUCCUCCUCGCCCAUUGAUGAGAUGGAAGAAAGGAAGUCCAGCUCUUUAAAGCGAAGGCACUACGUUUUGCAAGAAUUAGUGGAGACAGAGCGUGACUAUGUACGGGACCUUGGCUAUGUGGUUGAGGGCUACAUGGCACUUAUGAAAGAAGAUGGUGUUCCUGAUGAUAUGAAAGGAAAAGACAAGAUUGUGUUUGGCAACAUUCAUCAAAUUUAUGACUGGCACAGAGACUUUUUUUUAGGAGAGUUAGAGAAGUGCCUUGAAGAUCCAGAAAAACUAGGAUCCCUUUUUGUUAAACACGAGAGAAGGUUGCACAUGUACAUAGUUUAUUGUCAAAAUAAACCAAAGUCUGAGCACAUUGUCUCAGAAUACAUUGAUACUUUCUUUGAGGACUUAAAGCAACGCCUUGGCCAUAGGUUGCAACUUACAGAUUUGCUGAUUAAACCAGUGCAGAGGAUCAUGAAAUAUCAGCUAUUGCUGAAGGACUUCCUCAAGUAUUCCAAAAAGGCCAGCCUGGAUACAUCAGAAUUAGAGAGAGCCGUGGAAGUCAUGUGCAUAGUACCAAGGCGGUGCAACGACAUGAUGAACGUGGGGCGGCUGCAAGGAUUUGACGGUAAAAUCGUUGCCCAGGGUAAACUGCUCUUGCAGGACACGUUCUUGGUCACAGACCAAGAUGCAGGGCUUCUGCCUCGCUGCAAAGAGAGGCGCGUGUUCCUCUUUGAGCAGAUCGUCAUAUUCAGCGAACCGCUUGAUAAAAAAAAGGGCUUCUCCAUGCCAGGAUUCCUGUUUAAGAACAGCAUCAAGGUGAGUUGCCUUUGCCUGGAGGAAAAUGUGGAAAAUGACCCCUGUAAAUUUGCUCUGACAUCAAGGACGGGUGACGUGGUAGAGACCUUCAUUUUGCACUCAUCUAGUCCAAGUGUCCGGCAAACUUGGAUCCAUGAAAUCAACCAAAUUUUAGAAAACCAGCGCAACUUUUUAAAUGCCUUGACAUCGCCGAUCGAGUACCAGAGGAACCACAGCGGGGGCGGCGGCGGCAGCGGGGGCGGCGCCGGCAGCCCCCUGCAGAAAGGGGGCUCCUUCUGGAGCUCCAUCCCCGCCUCCCCGGCCAGCCGGCCCGGCUCCUUCACCUUCCCGGGGGACAGCGACUCCCUGCAGCGGCAGACGCCCCGCCCCGCGGCCCCCGGCAAGGACACGGACCGCAUGAGCACGUGCUCGUCGGCCAGCGAGCACUCCGUGCAGUCCACGCAGAGCAACGGGAGUGAAAGCAGCAGCAGUAGCAACAUCUCCACCAUGCUGGUGACACACGAUUACACGGCAGUGAAGGAGGAUGAGAUCAACGUCUACCAAGGAGAGGUCGUUCAAAUUCUGGCCAGCAAUCAGCAGAACAUGUUUCUGGUGUUCCGAGCCGCCACUGAUCAGUGCCCUGCAGCCGAGGGCUGGAUCCCGGGCUUCGUCCUGGGCCAUACCAGUGCAGUCAUCAUGGAGAACCCCGACGGGACUCUCAAGAAGUCAACAUCUUGGCACACAGCACUCCGUUUAAGGAAAAAAUCUGAGAAAAAAGAUAAAGACGGCAAAAGGGAAGGCAAGUUAGAGAACGGUUAUCGGAAGUCACGGGAAGGACUCAGCAACAAGGUAUCUGUGAAGCUUCUCAACCCCAACUACAUUUAUGACGUUCCCCCAGAAUUCGUCAUUCCAUUAAGUGAGGUCACAUGUGAGACAGGGGAGACCGUUGUUCUUAGAUGUCGAGUCUGUGGCCGCCCCAAGGCCUCAAUCACCUGGAAGGGCCCCGAACACAACACCUUGAACAAUGAUGGUCACUACAGCAUCUCCUACAGUGACUUGGGAGAGGCCGCUCUGAAGAUCGUGGGUGUGACCAUGGAAGACGACGGCAUCUACACGUGCGUCGCUGCCAAUGACAUGGGUUCAGCCUCGUCUUCGGCCAGCCUGAGAGUCCUAGGUCCAGGGAAUGAUGGGAUCAUGGUGACCUGGAAAGACAACUUUGACUCCUUCUACAGUGAAGUGGCUGAGCUUGGCAGGGGCAGAUUCUCCGUUGUCAAGAAAUGUGAUCAGAAGGGAACCAAGCGAGUGGUGGCCACCAAGUUUGUGAACAAGAAGCUGAUGAAGCGUGACCAGGUCACCCACGAGCUCGGGAUCCUGCAGAGCCUCCAGCACCCCCUGCUUGUCGGCCUCCUGGACACCUUUGAGACCCCCACCAGCUAUGUCCUGGUUUUAGAAAUGGCCGACCAGGGUCGUCUCCUGGACUGCGUGGUGCGAUGGGGAAGCCUCACCGAGGGGAAGAUCAGAGCGCACCUGGGGGAAGUUCUGGAAGCCGUCCGAUACCUUCACAACUGCAGGAUAGCACACCUGGACCUAAAGCCUGAGAAUAUCCUGGUGGAUCAGAGUUUAGCCAAGCCAACCAUCAAACUGGCCGACUUUGGAGAUGCUGUCCAACUCAACACGACCUACUACAUCCACCAGUUACUGGGGAACCCCGAGUUUGCAGCCCCCGAAAUCAUCCUGGGGAACCCUGUCUCCCUGACCUCGGACACGUGGAGUGUUGGAGUGCUCACAUACGUCCUUCUCAGCGGCGUGUCCCCCUUCCUGGACGACAGCGUGGAGGAGACCUGCCUGAACAUUUGCCGAUUAGACUUUAGCUUCCCAGAUGACUACUUUAAAGGAGUGAGCCAGAGGGCCAAGGAGUUCGUGUGCUUCCUCCUGCAGGAGGACCCCGCCAAGCGUCCCUCGGCUGCGCUGGCCCUCCAGGAGCAGUGGCUGCAGGCGGGCAGCGGCGCUGGCAGAGGCGCGGGCGUCCUCGACACGUCCAGACUGACUUCCUUCAUUGAGCGGCGCAAACACCAGAACGAUGUUCGACCGAUUCGUAGCAUCAAAAACUUCCUGCAGAGCAGGCUUCUGCCUAGAGCGUGACCUGUCCUGAAGUUCCUUCUCAUUCUCUUUCACCUGCCAAUCAGCUGUUAAUUUGAACCUUGAGGAGAAAUCAAACCAACCUAACUGACCAGCUGCGGUGUAUUCAUCGUGUGACAUUGCAUUCCAAGUGAGCUGCCCAGCGGUGCUUGGGACUCAGCUGCGAGCUGCGCGGGGGUGGAGGCCUCACCACGCUCUGCCGGGGGCGGAGGGCGCAUUGCUGUAUCACAGUGUUUUAUUCAGGUUUCUGCAAAAAAUAAAAAGAUACUUUUUUUAAACAAACAGGAAUAGAAUUUUGCAAAUUUAACGUUUUCAAGGUUUAUUCAAGGAAACAAAAUGCCUAUGUUCAACCACUGGUGUUAACGAACAAAACAAAGAUACUCUGCAUCUCUGGGGAAGAUGCACCCAGGUGGCGGCCACCCCACGGCCUCGGCCAGCGCUCGGUGUCCGCCCAGCUCUGAGCUUUUCCAGGCGUCUGGUCUGUGUGCGUCUCCCCGGACGCCAGACCUGGCUUCUGAAACGUGCAUUCAACCUCAAACUUUUGCAUAAAAUAGAAUGAAUCGUUUUGCUCUGAUGAAAUGUAGGCCUUACUUGUAUAUAAGACUGUUCCUGCCUUUGGUCUGUCAUUCCCCCCCUGCCUCCCCCACCCACCGCCGGGGCUUCCUCUGGGGGUCUGAGGGUCUGCCAAUCAUGUGAAGACAUCAGGUUGGGUCCUGGCCCCACUGCUCCCACCCCCACCCCAAGCCGUCAAUCGGAUUGUUGAGCGGUAUACAGUCAGAUGAAAAUACUGUAAAUGCACUCAUUGGGGUUUUUUUGGUUUUAUUUCAUAUCAUGUGCAAUGUUGUGGCUUUAACAUUUUAUGCAACUAUUUAUGAAGACCUCUGUUGUACCUGUAAUAAAUAUAUAGAAAAAGCACAUACUUCGUACAGUGAGCUUUAUGGUUUUGUGUGUGUGUUGGGGGCGGGGGGGGAGGGUCAUAGCCCUGUGCCAUCGGUUCCAGGAGACUUAACUCUUCGUGAAACUUGCCAGUUUUGAGGACUGUAAAAAGUGAUUUCAUACUCUGAAAAUAAAACUGGAUAGUAGGGUAAUAUUUUAAAAUUUAUUAUGCUAUUAUUCAGAAUGCCAAAGUAUUUUUUUUUUCCCAAAAUCAGUCUGGACAUUUACUACUUUUUAGACUUUUUGACGUUCAACUUUCUGUAUAAAGAUUGGCUGGGUUUUGAGCUUUUGGUAAGAAAUAAAAGCCAAUUAAGCACUGGCCACCUUGCGGCUGGUACCCAAUGCCUGAGUCACUGUGGCAGAGUUCACGCUGGUGUGGAGAGUCCAUUCAACGCAAGGGUUUCUGGGCACCCUUGCUGUUUCCUGGAUGUCUUUUUGAUGUGUGAAAUACACUACAAAGAGACCAGCCUGCUUUCCAAGCCAGCCAGACACCUGGGUCUUGAGCCAUAAACUGGCAUAGUUAAGCUUUGCAGUGUCCAAUGUAUUUUAUUUAUUCUUUUGUUGGGUUUUUGUUUGUUUCUUCUUGUAAAAUUGUACAGAAACUUUUUAAAAGAAAUUGGAUUCAAAACUGGAUGUGUAUUCGUAACCUCAUAACUUUUAUUUGUGUAUUGUUUCUUUUAUUAUUUCAGUUAAAUUUUUACAUUAUUUUGCAUGUAUAUUUCUUUGUACAGAGACCUUACAUGUUUACACAGUAUGAUGUGAUGUAAAUAUUUUAUUUUGCCAUCAGUUAUUUUAAAAAAUUAAACAUAUUUGCCUGA